AUGCGUAAACAAUAUUCAAAUGAUGCAUGUCACGUUGGACUACUUUUAAGGCCUAAAAAUCAAGGAAUCUCACCUGCAACAACGAUCCAAGUUCGGCCAACAAUUCCACGAAACCCUAACCAAUUCCCGCCAGUAAAGCUCGGGUUUUCAGCUGCCCUCUGUCGCCGCUCUUCCAAUUGCUCUCGGGUUUCGCUCUCUAGGGUUUCAUCGACUUCAAUUGGGUCCGUUUUCAGUCCCAUUGUUUCUGCAAUGUCGAAACGGAACUUUGUUGUGAGAGCCGAGCCGAGCUCUGAAGGUGAAACCGGAGCCACCGAUAAUGCCCAAGAGAAUGAAGCAGCUGGGAGCGGGGAGGCCUCUGUGGCCGUGGUAGAAUCUGAAGCAGAAGCAGAAGCAGUGCUGGAGUCUGAACCCGAAGAGCCAAAGCCGCCGAGAAAGUCUCGGGUUAAGCUCGGAGAUAUAAUGGGGAUAUUAAAUAAAAGGGCAGUUGAGGCGGCAGAGCAGAAAAGGCCAGUUCCGGACAUUAGGACUGGAGAUGUUGUGCAAAUUAAACUGGAAGUUCCUGAAAAUAAGAGAAGGUUGUCUAUCUAUAAAGGCAUUGUCAUUUCCAGACAAAAUGCUGGUAUUCACACAACUGUUCGCAUUCGGAGGAUUAUUGCUGGCAUAGGGGUUGAGAUUGUGUUCCCGCUAUACUCACCAAACAUUAAGGAGCUAAAGGUACUGAGUCACAGGAAGGUCAGGAGGGCAAGGUUGUACUAUUUGAGAGACAAGCUUCCAAGGCUAUCGACUUUCAAAUGAGAAAUGGUACGCGGCUCUUCUUUGGUUGUUUUCGGUUUCAGAGUAGUCUCAUGAAAACUGUCACAUUAUAAAAAACUUAUGUAUCCAGGAAUCCAUUUAAUGUGAUAUGUGUAUCAGUUCUCCCCAA